AUGUCCAACAAACAAGAUGCCACCUCCUUACAAAACCAGGAAAACAUUCUCCCCAAGACUCGACUCCUCAUAGUUAUCAGCUGUAUUUCUCUCGUCUUAUUCACGGCUUUUAUCGACCAAAAUGGGGUCUCUGUUGCACUACCUAGCAUCGCAGCAGACCUCAACGCGGAGGACACCAUACCAUGGGCCGGAACAUCCUCUCUUAUCGCAAAUACAGUGUUCUCCGUGCUCUACGGCCGUCUUUCAGACAUAUUUGGACGCAAGUCUGUGCUUCUAACGGCAUGCGUCAUCUUAGCAGUGGCAGAUUUAUUAUGCGGAUUUGCGCAAAAUGCGCCUAUGCUCUACUUCUUUCGUGCAAUGGCAGGAUUGGCUGGUGGCGGCAUUACAAAUCUGGCCAUGAUAUUUGUCUCCGACGUCGUAACUCUUGAAGAGAGAGGGAAAUAUCAAGGUAUCAUUGGGGCAUGUCUUGGAGUAGCCAACAUCGUUGGUCCCUUUAUGGCUGCCGGCUUCAUUCAAGCACCAGUGGGAUGGAGAGGCUUCUUCUGGACGCUUACACCCAUUGUAGCGUCUGGAGGCGCUGUGUGUUGGUUUGUACUACCAGCCUCCAAAGUAACUGGCGGUUUUCGUGAAAAAUUAAGCAAGAUUGAUGUCUGGGGGUGUCUAACAUCAUCUGCUGGAAUUGUACUGUUGUUGAUUCCGAUAUCCGGUGGAGGGCUAUACUUUCAGUGGAAUUCAGCAAUGGUGAUUUCCAUGCUAGUGAUUGGAAGUUGUGCGCUUGUUGCGUUUGUCAUAAUCGAGUGGAAGGUAGCAAGAAUUCCUAUGAUGCCAAUGAAUAUCUUCAAAAACCAAUCUAUCGUGGCUCUUCUCUUGCAAAGCUUCUUGCUCGGUUGGGUAUAUCAGAGCUAUCUAUACUAUCUUCCUCAAUACUACCAGAACAUACGCGGGUACAGUGUAAUCGUCAGCGCAGCGUUGAGUAUUCCCCUGGUCUUCAUGCAGUCCGUUGGCUCUGUGGUUUCCGGCCAAUACAUUUCUCGCCGCCAUCACUACGGGGUGAUUCUCUGGAGCGGCUUCGCAAGCUGGACAGUCGGAUGUGGUCUAAGUAUAUUGUUCGAUCAAGAUACCAACCCAGGAGUGUGCGUUGUAGCACUUCUCUUAAUCGGCAUCGGUGUUGGAUUCGUCUUUCAGCCUACUCUGGUGGCAUUGCAGGCACACUCACCUAAGUCUCAGCGAGCAGUCAUAAUCUCGAGUCGAAACUUCUUCCGCUGCGCUGGCGGUGCAUGUGGACUCGCAAUAUCGGCUACUAUCUUGCAAAGUGGAUUGAGAAGCCAUCUUCCAGCGGACUUGAAAUAUGUUGCAUCGUCAAUAUACAAUCUUCCAACUUUUGAUGAUUCCGAGACCACGGUAGUCAUUCUAUCAGCGUAUAUGAAGGCAACGAAGUACCUGUACAUUACCAACACUGUGGUUAUUGGCGUGUGUCUCUGCGCAUGUGUAUCGAUUAAAGAUCGAGGUUUGGGAAGGAAUGACGAGCCAGCAAAAAAGGAAACUUCAACGCCGGACGCUAUAACCGUCACCGAAUCAGGGUCGGAGAUCAUGCCAGCUAUAGAUCAGACCGCAGUCGAGGUUACGAAGAUAGGCAGGGGCGAUAUUGAAAAGGGCGGUACAAUAUCGGACUUGGAACGCGAUGAUAAUCACAAUCAUCGUUGA